AUGGUCGCUGACGCCGUGAAGCGUGAUAAAAAGACGAAAGAAGAAGUGGAAGAGGAUGAGCCGAAAGCUGAGCCCUCAUCGUCACCAUCCUCGCCUUCAAAGAAACGGGAUAUGGCCAUUAGGAAGCGGAAGGCGGAGGAAGUACCUACAGAUAAGCAAGAAGGGGGUGUAGAGGACUCAAGUGAUGCUGCCGCAGCUGCGGAACCGGCGCAACCAGCCAAACGCGCUAGGCUACUAGAGGAAAAAUUACGGCGAGAGAGAGUGCGGAAUCGCGCGCUUGUUGGAGUUACUGCUACGUUGGCACUCGCUGCGGCAAUACCAUACUUUCUUUAA